AUGAGGAAGUCCAGCACUGGUGAGCUUGCUAAAAUAGACAUGAGUGCAAAAGGAAAGGCUUGCUCUGCAUGUCAAAGGAAUGGCCGUUUAACGUGCAGAAGGACCAGGCUAGGCGAGCCAUGCUUGAAGACGUACCCUCUGCAGUACGAGGAUCUGCUCAAGAGAGCCCGGGUGUCCUUCCAAGCCAGGCGCAGCAUCAAGGAGAACUUUAGGCUGGCCCAGCUGGAGGCUGUGGUGCGAAUGCUGGAGGAACAUGAGUGCGACUUUGUGGAUGCUCUCAGAAGGGACCUUCACAAGCCACGAUUUGAGACUGUCGUGUCAGAGUUGAUUCUGGUCAAAAAUGAGGCUCUGUAUGCAAUCAGCAACCUCAGGAAGUGGAUGCAGCCACAGCAGGUGGAAAGAAACCUGUCCACCACUCUGGAUGAGUGUCUGAUGGUAAACGAACCCUUGGGGGUCGUGCUUGUCAUUGGGACCUGGUGCAGUCCAGUCCAAAUGUGCCUGGUGCCACUGGUGGGAGCCAUUGCAGCAGGUAACUGUGCCAUCAUCAGUCCUUCUGUGUGCACGGCUCACACCGCAGCACUUCUCCAUCGUCUCAUCCCCUCCUAUUUGGACAAUGAAUGCUUCCAUGUAAUUCUUGCCGGCAUCAAUGACUUGGCUGACAUUGUGGAACUAAAAUUUGAUCAUGUUUUCUUUUCUGGAACCAGAGAUGAAGGAAUUCAAAUUUCUCAAGCUGCAGCUCAGUGUCUGACACCGAUCACCCUUGUUCUUGGUGGCAAGAAUCCAUGUUACGUAGACCAACACUGUGAUGUUACCAUCACAGCCCAGCGCAUUGCCUGGGCCCGCUUUCACAAUUCCGGACAGAGUUUGGUGGCCCCUGACUACAUCCUGUGCCAUUCGGAUGUAAAAACCCGUCUGGUCCAGGCACUGAAGUGCUGCCUGAUGCGGUUCUACGGUUCGGAUCCCAGAGAAUCCAGCAGCUUCGGCCGCAUGGUCAAUCUGGAGAGCUUUAACCGUACGAAAGACUUGUUGUGGAGAUCUGGAAAGGUGGCCUUGGGUGGAAAGGUGACAGAGGCAGAGAAGUAUAUUGCCCCAACCAUUUUGACAGAGGUGGACGAGUCAGACCCUAUCAUGCAACAUGAUAUUUUUGGUCCAGUUCUUCCGGUUCUCUCUGUAAACAACGUGGAUGAGACGAUUGCCUUCAUCAACAAACAAGAGAAACCCCUCUGUGUGUAUGUGUAUUCCAACAACAGCAAGGUGAUUUCAAGCGUCAUGAAUGAAACGACAAGUGGAAGCUUUUGUUCCAAUGACAGCGCCCUGCAGAGUCUGAUAGUGACUCUGCCUUUUGGUGGAGUCGGUGGUAGUGGAACCGGUUCCUACCAUGGGCGCUACAGCUUUGAUACCUUCUCUCAUAGGAAGUCAUGUCUGCUAAGAAGCACGCGCUUGGAGUGUGUCACCUCCCUGCGCUAUCCACCUUACGACGAGCGCAAUCUGUCUCUCAUGACGUGGGCCAGCAGUCUGUCCUGGAAGAGCCAAGGCUGGUGCCAAAUCCUGUGACUUGUGUGGGAGGGUCAAACUGGAACCAUGUUUCUUUUUAGACUUCAUUGUAAUGUAACAAUCAGGGAAAAAAAGCAGAACAUCCAGAGAGGGAGGCGGCGGUACAUUGAUCGAGAUGAGAAAGUUACUAUGUCGUUGCAUAUCAUGGCCGAAGACUCGGAGUGAAUGAAUUUCAGACGUGUAAUGUUGUAA